AGUUCAGAUAAACCGAGAGGCUCGAUGUGAAGCUCAGAUAACAAUUCAGUGGAUAGAUUUGAACCAAACUUGUUUGUGUUUUAGUAAGAAGCGUCUCUUACUGUUGCAGAAAUAUCUGCACACUGAAACACUAAAUUAAGCAGAACAUAUAUAAUAAUAUGAAAGUGAAUCAGCCGUUACUCUCUCUGCAUCGUACACGGUUGAGUCUGUCAGUGAUUUACAGAGACGGUCCUCACAGUCAGAGACACCCAGCAGUGCUCCAUGAUGCUUCUCCACACAGACGGAAAGCCCCUUAAAACUCACCUCAGGACUCUCAGUGUUUUGGUUCUCCUUCUUCUCCUAACACACCACUGUAGAGGUCAGUCUCAGCUGAUUGGCUCACGUCAGCCAAUCGUAGCAAACCUUGGCAGUGACAUCAUUUUGCCGUGUUACCUGGAGCCGGCGGUAAAUGCUGCUGGUAAGACGUUGGAGUGGACGAGGCCCGACCUGAACCCAAGAUUCGUCCAUGUGAUGCGUUCUGGUCAGGAACUAAAGGAAAUGAAACACAAAAACUUUGAGGGAAGAACAUCGAUAUUCACCGAUGAGCUGAAGAACGGGAACAUCUCUCUGAAACUGUCCAACGUACAACUCUCUGAUCAGGGGAAAUACAGAUGUUUCAUUCCAGAACUGAGCCAGCAAUCUUUUGUUCACCUAGUUUGUGCAUCAGGUCCUGCCUCUCCUCCUGUCAUCAGUUUAUCAGGGCUGGACGGUCAGACCGGAGGAGUGGUGCUGCAGUGUAAGUCUGCAGGCUGGUCUCUGGAGCCUGAGGUGUUGUGGCUGGACGCUGAGGGAAAGCUCCUCUCUGCUGGACCUCCAGAGACAGUCAGAGGUCCUGAUGACCUCUAUACUGUCAGCAGCAGAGUGACUGUGGAGAAGAGACACAGCAACAGCUUCACCUGCAGAGUCCAGCACCACAACACCAAGCACACCACACAGACACACUUCAGAAUUUCAGAUUAUUUCUUUACGCUCCAGUCCAGAUCAUCUUCCAUCAUUAUCGGUCUGGCUGUCAGUUUGGCUGUUUGCGUUCUGUUGAUGUUGGCUGGUUCCUUCUUAGUUUUGUGGAAGCAGAGACAGAACAUACUCAAUCAGAAUACCACUGAAGAAGAAAGAGGGCAGCUUACCACAGUUCAAACUGUUCCCACGGAGAGGGGGAAGAAUAAAGGAGAAGAGAAGAGCACACAGGUUUCCAGACAGAAGUUUGAAGAGGAGCAGAAGAAGAGGGAGGAAGCUGAGAAAGAAGCUGAGGACCUAAAGAAGCAGCUGGAGAAUGAGACCAAAGAGUUUGAGGAGCAGCUCCAGCAGGAGAAGACCAGGAGAGAGGGAGCUGAGAGAGAACUGAAGGACCUAAAGAAAAAGACAGACUCAGGAAUGGAUAUUGAGGUCGACCAACAGCGUGAAUAUAUCCGUCUCAGAAACUCUUCCACUGAGGACAAACAGCUGAAAUACUGGGAUAUUUCUCUGCAUAUCAGAGAAACCAACAAGAAAUAUAAUUUGAAGAAUUGCUGCUGAAGGCUGGAGGACAUGUCACUAUCUGGGUACCAAAGUGUGACCCCAGUUAUCCUGCUGGUGACCUGGUGUGGAAGGAUCUGAAGCCCUGGAGCCCUGGAGACACACUGUGGUUCACCCUCCGCAACAACAAGAGAGUGAUACAACAUCGACUCUGUGUAAAAUCCACUGACCGAUAAUAACUAGCCCCUUCUUCUCUGCUCAUAUGAGUUUCCUUUAGCUGAUCUUACACUGCUUUUAUUCAAAGCUGCAGAAAAUGUGGAUUUGAGACGUUUGAUGGUCUUGUUCCUCGUCUCAUGAAAAGAUGUGUGACAGAUUUAUCACGGACAGGAAAGAAAACAGGAUUUGAAAGGUUGAAUAUUGUGAACGUAUCUCUAAUUUAAAUAUUGUUAUAAAAAUAUUGGAAAUUAACAAAAUGAGAGGUUUUGAGUUUACUGGAUUUUAAAUGUUUAUACAAUCUUUACAAAUCUUUAGUUUUGUCUUCAUUGUGUACUGUAAAAGUAUUCACUCAGUGUUUCUACUGUAAAGAUAUGAACAACUUCAAAUUCAGUUUUAUUCUGAAAAGUUCCGACUCUGAUGUACAGUUUUGAUAUUUGCUCUGAGAAAUACCAUCUUCCAAAUAUGUUGUUUUUAAACCAACAAUAUAUGAAAUAUAAAAUGUAGUAUUUGUAAAUUGAUUUGUGAAUUGUUCACCCCUUCAGUUACCCUAUUAAACCAUACACAUUU